AUGACUACAAAUCACCAGAACAAACCAACCGAACAAGAACUACACAAUAUCAAAGCUGCAUUAACGAAACUAUGGCAGUUGGAUCAUAAUCGAUUGGAACCUGGUCGUGACUAUGAAAUAAAUUUACCAAUUUUUCACGACGACCAUCAUGGUCAUGAUGGUCAUAAGGAACAUGGCUUACGCUUGUUUGCAAGCGUGGAUCCUGAAGUGUUCAAAAGACCCACAUUCAGGGCAUUCUGGGCAAUUCUCGAUAACUAUAUCCCUCAAACGGGAAUUCCUGAGGUGGUGGAUGAGGAAGAAUUACGUGAAAACAGAACUUUUAUUCGGGAGUCGAUGAAAACUGCACCAAUGCAAUACGUGUUUCACUAUUUGGUAACGAGAGGGAUAAUCAAAAAUAACCAAGAUGAAUUUCAAAAAUCUCUCAACAAGAUUUGGUUUGAUAUGUAUCGACGAGAAGGGUUGAAAGCUGAUUCUAGUGCAUUUGAACACGUUUUUCUUGGAGAAAUAAGAGAAGGACAUGCUUUAGUUCCAAUUCGCUUCACGUCCCAAGGAGCCCCCAAAAAGUUCUCCACUUCGUUUAUCGGUACAUCUCCCGAAUUCGAAUUCGCCUUAUACUCGUUGUUAUUCCUUUUGGAACGUGAAGAUACUGAAUUUGUGGUGCAUGAUAUCCGUGUAAAUAUUAAAGUAUAUCCAUUGAAGCAAGAUGGUGUUCGAAGAAUUGGUUCUGGUUUCCCAGAGAUUCAUGGAUAUGUUGCCUAA